AUGAGACAAAGCAUGAAAAUGUCCUCGAGCAGCACCAGAACCAGCUUUGGUGGUGGAGGAGGAUCAUUUAGCAGCGGUUUUGGCGCUGGUGGAAGUGGUAGUGGUGGCGGUGCACGAUUUACAGCAAGAUCUGCCAUUGUUAGCAGUAGCAGGCCCAUGGCCAUGUCAAUGUCUUCAGGUGGCAUGAGAGUAAGCAGUGGUGGAUACGGUGGUGGUGGUGGUGGAUACGGUGGUGGUGGUUUCACUGUAACCAGUAUGAGUGGUGGCGGAUAUGGCAUGGGAGGUGCUGGUGGCGGCUUCGGUGCCGGCAUGGGUGGCAUGGGCGGCAUGGGCGGCAUGGGAACAAUCUCAAAUGUCCAAGUCAACCAAAGCCUGCUUGCCCCUCUGAACCUUGAGAUCGACCCAAAUAUCCAGACAGUCCGAACCCAGGAGAAAGAGCAGAUCAAAACCCUCAACAACCGCUUUGCCUCCUUCAUUGACAAGGUAAGAGAUUCAUUUUCAUCACAUGUUGGCACAGCUGUCAUGAAGUUUAUUUUCUAGACAUGAACUGGUUUAAAAUUAUUUCUCAUACGUCAUAGUCUAUUUACAUGUAGAAAAAUCCAGAAUGAUGACCCCAGUGUUCAUCAGGCAGAACAGCAGAUAACAUGAGGAAUCCAUGUCUAAUGGAUGUAAUGAUGAGCUAGAGUUAAAUGGUUUGUAGGAGCAUGAAUAACUGCUGCAAGAUGCUUCUAAGGGGACCUCUGGAUUCACUUAAUAUUGCACAGCAAAUGAUCAGACUCCUCAAAAAUGCUGUAACUCCUAAAGUCAAAGCUGACAAGCACCAGAUUUUAGUGUGAUUAUGAUGUGGUGAGACCCUAAUAACUGCAGGGUUGUAAAGUUCUUUCAGCAAACUCUGCAUCAGCUAACACUUCUAAGACUUUCAGUGAAACCUGACCUGCCCCUUAAACUGGUCAAUAACUGAACCCUUGUCAGCUGUCUCUGCAUAGACUGAGAGGCAGGAAACACUGGAGUGGUUGGAUCCAGUGACGCUCAGCAUUGGGGAAGGGAUCAGGUUAUCGCACACAUCCAUGGCAGCAAGACCUCACAAUGUUUUAUGGUUGCUGCAGGAAAGGCCCCUAAACUUUUGUAUUGUACAAUUUGUUCAAAUUUCCACUCAUAAUUUGAACAUUUUACUGGGGGGAUGAUUAUUUUUGUAAACAAAUCUGCACUUUUUCAUGUUUGACUGAGUAAUUUGUAAAGAUAAUAAAAUGCAAGGGAGGUUCUCAAUGACCCCCUUUGAGAAAAAAAAAGUGCUUAGUUAGCAAUUCCCCAGACAGCGCUCGUCCACAGACAGCCAUCUGCAUGCCUUUUCAAAUCAUUUAGGGAAGUUCUGUGGCAGUGAGAUGAUUCAAAAUCAUAAUUAUGAUUUGUUAUUUUAAAGCAAAGCAUGUUUUGAGCAUCAACCGUCACUUUUACCUUCGAGUAUCAGCAUUCAACUGAUGCAUCAAUAAAUAGCUUACCGUUAAUUACUGAGGGCUGUGGCAGACAAGUUCACUAUGUGAAGUAUGCAUCUUGGAGGCAAGGGAGUGGUAAUGUCGGGGUUUGAGGGGAGGGGCAAGGCCAAGGUGUGGCAAACCUCACCUUGUCUCAAAAAAAGAAAAAAAAGAAAAAAAAAAGUAAAGGGACAAAGUCACACCCCCAUAAGAAGAAGUUUGGCUCCGCCUGCUCUUGGGCUUUGAAGUUAGAUGCAGAUAUCUUUUCUCUGUCUCCCUUUAAAACAUGUUUGUCAGCAUGUCAGUUACUCUAAAAAAGGUUCUGACUGAGAUCGAAUGCUCUGUUCAAGGAGACUUCAGUCUGAGCUGUGUCUGUGACUCUGUGCCCUGAGGGGUAUUUUCAUGCAGCAGCUCUGUGUGGGAAAGUCACACAAAGGUACGGCUCUUAAGAUCACCUGAGUAAAGUAAAACAAAGAUGACAAACAACUAUACUGCCUUGCAGUCAGCAUGCUGAAUUAAGGAUAAAAGAGGCAGUAAAUUAAGACCACAUUUCUUAAAAAGUUGUUUGGCCAGAUGGGAUCAAACAAGAGCAACUAAAACACUGCCGCCACUCCUGUUCAAAGAUAUGGAUUAUAAACAGUCUUUAUUCUGUCAAAAAAUCUAGUAAAUGUAGCAAAUACACCCCACGCCCAUUUGGGAACAUUGAGUUUGGUAAUUUAUCAGUUUCCAUUUUGUUUGUUAGCAAACAAAUAUGGGCUUCUUUCAAUGUCAGGGUAGAAAGGAGUCUAUCCUGGUCAAUGUCACAUGUUGACUUGUCAAUCAUUUAAAGCUCCACCAUGAAGUUUACUUAUUACUGCUUCAUUUAAACUAAAUGGGUUCAUAAUUUAGAAAUGAGCUUUCUGCUAGAAGGAAAAAAUGUUCAAUGAUGUGAGAAAUCCAUUUUUCAAUGCACUUCUGUGUUACAGAUUUCUUUAUGUUGUAUUUUGGGGCUUUUAUACAAUUUUUAGAGGAAGUAGAUUAUGGAUACGACAAGAAAAUGAAGGGGGGGCUGCACAGGAAAGAGGCCUAAGGUUGGAUGUGAAAAUAGGCCCCCUUACAUGACUGCGGAUGACAAAUUACUGCCCUGCAUUCUACUGAACGGAGACCAGGGAGUCCUGUCUACAAUCUGCUAUCCCUCAGUAACAGUGGACUCACACUGCACAUAUCUAUUCAUUUUUCAGGUGCGCUUCCUGGAGCAGCAGAACAAAAUGCUUGAAACCAAGUGGAGCCUGCUGCAAGAACAGACCACCGGAGGCCGCUCCAACAUUGAUGCCAUGUUUGAGGCUUACAUCGCCAACCUCCGCAGACAGCUUGAUGGGCUCGGCAAUGAGAAGGUCAAGCUGGAGGGAGAGCUGAGGAACAUGCAAGGAUUGGUGGAGGACUUUAAGGCAAAGUGAGUAAACAUCCAGCACAGAUGACCUUCAGUAGCAGAUUUGUCCCAACAAUUGAUUAUUUCCACUUAUUUGUCAGAUAUGAAGAUGAAAUCAACAAGCGUGCUGCUGUAGAGAAUGAGUUUGUGCUCCUCAAGAAGGUGAGAGCUGAAAAUUGUUGUUACUCUCCUGAAGAAAUUGUUUCUUUCUUUUCCAAUAUAAUCUAACAGCCAACUUUUCCUUUUCUGUUGUUGACAGGAUGUUGAUGCAGCUUACAUGACUAAGGUUGAGCUAGAAGCCAGGGUUGACGCACUUCAAGAUGAAAUCAACUUCCUCAGAGCUGUCUUUGCGGCGGUAAGAAUGCUUUUUCUUCCCUUUUAUGUUAAGGCAAACACUUGUUUCACAGGAAAAAGAGAUAUAGUGCUUUUUAAUUUCAUUUCUAAACAUGACAUGACUCUUCUGCAGGAACUGGCUGAACUCCAGGGACAGAUCAAGGACACUUCAGUGAUUGUUUCAGUGGACAACAUCCGCGACCUGGACAUGGACGCCAUUGUUGCUGAUGUCAAGGCUCAGUAUGAAGACGUUGCAGCCCGCAGCCGUGCUGAAGCUGAGUGUUGGUACAAUCAGAAGGUAGGUAGAGAUCAACACCUCAGAUGUGAAAUAAUAAAACAUAUCCUGAAUUAUUAAAAAAAAUGGGAUGUGUAAUAACAGCCAUUUUCACUAUUUUCCUUUAGUUCCAGGAGAUUCAGGCUACUGCAGGUUCAGCCGGGGAUGACCUUCGCAACACAAAGAGUGAGAUUGCUGAGCUCAACCGCAUGAUUAGCCGUCUCCAGAAUGAGAUUGAGUCAGUGAAGGCACAGGUAUGUUCACAGUCUAAGCAGCAUGAUCUUAACUUCUUUUUAACUAUAGACCUUUAAGUCAUACACACACACACACACACACACACACACACACACACACACACACACACACACACACACACACACACACACACAUACACACACACACACACACACACACAAAAGGUAAAAAAGUAAACAAACGGUAGCAGACUUAAGUUAUAAAAGAUCCCUUUACAUACUAUAUCUGACCCUGUCUGCCUAGCGUGGUAACCUGGAGGCCCAGAUCGCUGAGGCUGAGGAGCGUGGGGAGCUGGCUGUCAAGGACGCCAAGGCCCGCGUCAAGGACCUGGAGGAGGCCCUGCAGAGAGCCAAACAGGACAUGGCCCGCCAGGUGCGUGAGUACCAGGAGCUCAUGAACGUCAAGCUUGCCCUGGACAUUGAGAUCGCCACCUACAGGAAGCUUCUGGAGGGAGAGGAGUGCAGGUAUUGAAAAGCAGAAGUUACUCUGACAUUGGUUUACAUUGUGCGGGGCCUCAGAUAAGAAUUGUUAUACUUGUUUGCAGACUUGCUGGGGGUGUACAAGCAACCGUUCACGUACAGCAAUCAACCUCAAGCUACGGUAUGUAUAAAAAAGUCAUCAAAUGUUUGCUUGAUACCCAAAAACCUAAGAUUUGAAAGAUUCAUGAGAUUUUCAUUUUAUCCCAAACCACAGGUGGUGGUGGCGGUGGAGGUGGCGGCGGAUACGGCGGCGGAUACGGUGCUGGCGGCGGAUACGGCGGCGGAUACGGUGCUGGCGGCGGCGGCGGAUACGGUGGUGGCAGCAGCUUCAGCAGUGGCGGCGGCGGAUACGGUGGUGGCGGCGGCGGCGGUGUGAUCGCAAUAUCACGGUCAAGCUCGACAUCCACCCGGCGUUUUUAAAGUCAGCAGCUGUCCUCUCCUCCUCUUUUUUCUCCCUCCACCUCCUUUUUCUCCACCUCUUUUACCUUAUGCUACUCAUAAAAGCCUUCACCACCUCUGAACAUAAACCAGACCCUGGAAAAUUUCUGUUCCACCUUGAACAAAUGGCAGAUUGAUGUAAUGGCACAGUCUCUUUUGGUGUUUAGUCCCUGUGUUGCUCCUCCCUCUUUGACACCACGGGGUGAGACAUAACAUCAAAAACACACGUAGAGGCAGAGCGUUUUUAAACCCAAAAAGAGCAGCAGAGUUGUGAGUCGUCCUCUCUUUUUUAAUAACAGUCAGCCUGGCUGUCUUUUGCUUGAUCGAUGUGCUGUCAUACAGACAAGAAGAUACUUGUAGUGUCAUGUCAGGAAAUCUUUACAAAGCCACAAGCAAUGUACAAAUUUCAAAUUUCAGUUUUGGGGUCCUCUUUUUCUUCUCCUGUUCUGAGAGAAAAUUAGCUCUCCACUACAGCAAACCAGAGGGUUUCGGAUUCUGCUUCACUUCCAUUUCCACUCUCAACAAAAAAAGCAACAUGGAUAAGGCUGACUGGGAAAGCAGAUUUAUCAUGAAUUUGUACCAUCAAAUACCUUGAAUAAAUCUGAUUUCAUUUUCACUUUGGCAGUUUGGGGUCUUUUUUACACUUUGUUGUACAUCGACUUGAGAACUAUACAAAUAAAUUACAGCAUGUCCUAGAGUUCAUAAAGAAAAGGGGGACCAAUAAAAGACUAUCUUUGAGGUUCACAAGUUUUUGAGAGGAUGUUUUACUUUUUAGUUAACAGAAAACAAUCUGAAGCAAUUAUUCAACUGUUGACUAAAAUGAGAGCUGUUGCUAGCAUUAGCUACUGGUUAAAAACACCUCCUGGACAUUUACUGAUAGGACCUGACUUAUUUUAAAACUGCACCCUUCUAAAGGGGUCUGAAAUGUGCCUUUGAUUGCAAAGUACUCUACCAUCCUUAAAAAUAUAUAUUUUAUUCCAAUAUGUAAGAAUAUUCAAAAACUACAAGCUACUUACAUGUUUACACAGGUGGUUGUAUACAUUGGAGAUGUGUUAACAAAUGAUUUAUGAACAGAAGACAUUUUCUGAAGUGAUGGCUCAACAUACAUCUUGACAGAUAUAUUAUACAGAAACCCUGUUUACAAAAGAGGCCUUAUACACCGGCAAAAACAGGGCCACUUACAUCCCCCAUCCCUGAACUCAAUAUACAAGAUAUAUUUCAGUUGAAAAUCUUUAUUGAUUACAUUUCCUUUUUUAAGAAAAUUUAAGAAAAGAAAAUCAGAAUGAUCAGUGGAAACCUAAAUCAUUAACCCACAGUUGACUGGAUUCAGAAUCAUCCUCAAAAUUACAAUGAAAAAUGAGAUUAUAGCCUGUUCCAACUUCAGUGAACUUUCUCCAGACAUUUUACAAUGUGACUCAGGUGUGUGUAAGGCCUCUAUGUGCUUGAAUGCACUCCCCACAACAUCCGAGCUCCUGAUGAACACAACCGAUGGUCUCCUCGAGGACCUGCUCUUAGAUCUGGAUCAGGGCAUCAGUUAGCUCCUGGACAGUCUGAAGUGUGAUGUGGCAGUGUGGAGGAUGUGAAUGGAUGUGCCAUCCUUGAGAAGCUGCACUCAGGAACUCCUGUGGGCUGCAGAUACUACCUCAUGGUACCAGUAGUUGAAAAGGCUCGGGACCUGCCACCACCUGUAAACCACUGCUUGAUAGGGGAUGUCUCAUGAAUUCCCUUACCUAUCCAUCUGUUAUCCCACCCAUCUGUUAUAUACAUUUACUCUGAGUUACACAAAAAAUGUGUUCCCUGUAUUUUUUUAGCAUUGAUGUAUAGAAAUAUGCUUGACAUAUUAUGACAGCUUGUUUAACCAUUUUGCAUGUAAAGACUUAUGCGAUGAACUAAUGCCUAAAUGUUGUGGGGGGUGAGACUAUUCAACAGAGACCCAUUAUAAUACAUUUUGAUCAACAUGAUAUAAGCAACUGAUAAUGUAGAAAACAGCAGAAAAUUGUACAUAAUCAAUUGCAUGGAUGUACCAAAGCAUUUGCAAGUUGUUCAAAGAAAUGAGAAACUGCUUUUUUGAUGUGCACAAGUGGCACAAUGAUGUGAAGAUUGAACACGUAGUUUUGAGAAUUUCAAUUCUGAUCUGAGAAAUGUACCAAAGCGACUGAGAAAAACUGUAAUAGAGAAAAUUAAGUGCACACCGAUCCUGAUCAUACAGCACAUUUUGAUGUAUAAUUUGUCCUACAAAUCUUCAAGCUACGCACUAUUGUAUAGGGGCCUGCACUAAAGUUAAUAGCAUCUCUAUUGUGUAAGUGCCGGUGCAUUUCUCUGUGGCCCUAAUGAGGACUUUGAUUGAGAGUUAAGGUUUUAUCAAACUGCUCUAAAAGUGAUUCAGUGAUACAGAGAUAGCAAAGCAGUCCCUAAUUAGUGAUUGUGAAUUGGUCUCAGCUAUGGGCCUGGCUGGAGGCUAACAGAUUGCCACGGCAACUUGAGUUGGUUGCCCAUAACAAUAGAAGCACUGCAGGCUGAUGCAGUCAAAACGAGAAAAAGAGCUUUGUUUUUUUGUUUGUUUGUUUUUUGUUUUGUUUUUGUUUUUUUGCUUAGGUGCUGGUCUGACAUUUGGACUUUUUUUGACAAAUCAGUAGCUCUUAUGAGGGAAGAAAAAAAAAAUACAGGUUAAAAGUUUGGAUACACUUGCGUGUUACUUGCAGCACAAAGGUUUUUGUAUUUCACAAGUGAAUUCAACACUUGUAUUUACCUGUAAGUAAAAAAAUAAAAAAACAAAUAAAUUACAACACUAAAAUGUUGUAGUGGCGGCCCACCAUGCCUCAUUUCCCACCAUGCAUUGAAUUAGACAAAGUUUGUGGUUGCAAAUCUUGAGAACAAAGUGGCAUUAAGUUUUUAAGAUGUGCUUAUAAGUGGUAUUGGCCAAAAGUAAGUUUUUGGGAUGCAAGCCAAUUUAGAACCGUUAUGAUAUGACGCGUACAACAUAUGUAUUAUAUAAGCACUGAAUGCCAUUCCUCUCCGAGCACUGGGUGUGUCAAGCCACGAUCAUUUCACAGGGUUAGCUAAUCUGCUCCUGGCCAAUCUAACUGCCAGUAAAUGCAUCUUCCAGGAUCCAGGUAAUAGAAGGCAGGUAAAGGAGGUACAGAGAAGGCGGAGUUCACUGGGACCUCCCACAGAGUACAAGGCAGAUAAAAGUCCAUCACCCAGAGAAAGAAGACACUUUGAGGGACUCGACUCUCCUCUUAGUGCACCUUGCCAAACCUCUCUCUGCUCUUCUUUUUUCUCCGUGAAUUUUUACCUGUCAUCGGACAAGAUGAGAUCAAGCAUGAAAAUGUCCUCGAGCAGCACCAGAACCAGCUUUGGUGGUGGUGGUGGUGGAGGAGGUUCAUUUAGCAGUAGUUUUGGCUCUGGUGGAGGUGGUGGAGGUGGCAGUGCACGAUUUACUGCAAGAUCUGCCAUUGUUAGCGGUAACAGGGCCAUGUCUAUGGCUUCAGGUGGCAUGAGAGUCAGCAGUGGUGGAUACGGUGGUGGUGGUGGUGGUGGUGGUGGUGGUGGAUAUGGUGGUGGUUACGGUGGUGGUGGUGGUGGUUUCACUGUAACCAGUAUGAGUGGUGGCGGAUUUGGCAUGGGAGGUGCUGGUGGCGGCGGCUUCGGUGGCAUGGGUGCCGGCAUGGGCGGCAUGGGAACAAUCUCAAAUGUCCAAGUCAACCAAAGCCUGCUUGCCCCUCUGAACCUUGAGAUCGACCCAAAUAUCCAGACAGUACGAACCCAGGAGAAAGAGCAGAUCAAAACCCUCAACAACCGCUUUGCCUCCUUCAUUGACAAGGUAAGAGAUUCAUUUUCAUCACAUGUUGGCACAGCUGUCAUGAAGUUUAUUUUCUAGACAUGAACUGGUUUAAAAUUAUUUCUCAUACGUCAUAGUCUAUUUACAUGUAGAAAAAUCCAGAAUGAUGACCCCAGUGUUCAUCAGGCAGAACAGCAGAUAACAUUAGGAAUCCAUGUCUAAUGGAUGUAAUGAUGAGCUAGAGUUAAAUGGUUUGUAGGAGCAUGAAUAACUGCUGCAAGAUGCUUCUAAGGGGACCUCUGGAUUCACUUAAUAUUGCACAACAAAUGAUCAGACUCCUCAAAAAUGCUGUAACUCCUAAAGUCAAAGCUGACAAGCACCAGAUUGUAGUGUGAUUAUGAUGUGGUGAGACCCUAAUAACUGCAGGGUUGUAAAGUUCUUUCAGCAAACUCUGCAUCAGCUAACACUUCUAAGACUUUAAGUGAAACCUGACCUGCCCCUUAAACUGGUCAAUAACUGAACCCUUGCCAGCUGUCUCUGCAUAGACUGAGAGGCAGGAAACACUGGAGUGGUUGGAACCAGUGAUGCUCAGAAUUAGGGAAGGGAUCAGGUUAUCGCACACAUCCAUGGCAGCAAGACCUCACAAUGUUUUAUGGUUGCUGCAGGAAAGCCCCUUAAACUUUUGUAUCGUACAAUUUGUUCAAAUUUCCACUCAUAAUUUGAACAUUUUACUGGGGGGAUGAUUAUUUUUGUAAACAAAUCUGCACUUUUUCAUGUUUGACUGAGUAAUUUGUAAAGAUAAAAAAAUGCAAGGGAGGUUCACAAUCACCCCCUUUGAGAAAAAAAAUGCUUAGUUAGCAAUUCCUUAGACAGUGCUCGUCUACAGACAGCCAUCUGCAUGCCUUUUAAAAUCAUUUAGGGAAGUUCUGUGGCAGCGAGAUGAUUCAAAAUCAUAAUUAUGAUAUGUUAUUUUAAAGCAAAGCAUGUUUUGAGCAUCAACUGUCACUUUUACCUUCGAGUAUCAGCAUUCAACUGAUGCAUCAAUAAGUAGCUUACCGUUAAUUACUGAGGGCUGUGGCAUACAAGUUCACUAUGUGAAGUAUGCAUCUUGGAGGCAAGGGAGUGGUAAUGUCGGGGUUUGAGGGGAGGGGCAAGGCCAAGGUGUGGCAAACCUCACCUUGUCUCCAAAAAAAAAAAAAGGAAAAAAAAAUGUAAAGGGACAAAGUCACACCCCCAUAAGAAGAAGUUUGGCUCCGCCUGCUGUUGGGCUUUGAAGUUGGAUGCAGAUAUCUUUUCUCUGUCUCCCUUUAAAACAUGUUUGUCAGCAUGUAAGUUACUCUAAAAAAGGUUCUGACUGAGAUGGAAUUCUCUGUUGCAGUCAGCAUGCUGAAUUAAGGAUAAAAGAGGCAGUAAAUUAAGACCACAUUUCUUAAAAAGUUGUUUGGCCAGAUGGGAUCAAACAAGAACAACUAAAACACUGCCGCCACUCCUGUUCAAAGAUAUGGAUUAUAAACAGUCUUUAUUCUGUCAAAAAAUCUAGUAAAUGUAGCAAAUACACCCCACGCCCAUUUGGGAACAUUGAGUUUGGUAAUUUAUCAUUUUCCAUUUUGUUUGUUAGCAAACAAAUAUGGACUUCUUUCAAUGUCAGGGUAGAAAGGAGUCUAUCCUGGCCAAUGUCACAUGUUGACUUGUCAAUCAUUUAAAUCUCUACCAUGAAGUUUACUUAUUACUGCUUCAUUUAAACUAAAUGGGUUCAUAAUUUAGAAAUGAGCUUUCAGCUAGAAGGAAAAAAUGUUCAAUGAUGUGAGAAAUCCAUUUUCAAUGCACUUCUGUGUUACAGAUUUCUUUAUGUUGUAUUUUGGGGCUUUUAUACAUUUUUUAGAGGAAGUAGAUUAUGGAUUCGACAAGAAAAUGAAGGGGGGGCUGCACAGGAAAGAGGCCUAAGGUUGGAUGUGAAAAUAGGCCCCCUUACAUGACUGCGGAUGACAAAUUACUGCCCUGCAUUCUACUGAACAGAGACCAGGGAGUCCUGUCUACAAUCUGCUAUCCCUCAGUAACAGUGGACUCACACUGCACAUAUCUAUUCAUUUUUCAGGUGCGCUUCCUGGAGCAGCAGAACAAAAUGCUUGAAACCAAGUGGAGCCUGCUGCAAGAACAGACCACCACCCGCUCCAACAUUGAUGCCAUGUUUGAGGCUUACAUCGCCAACCUCCGCAGACAGCUUGAUGGGCUCGGCAAUGAGAAGGUCAAGCUGGAGGGAGAGCUGAGGAACAUGCAGGGAUUGGUGGAGGACUUUAAGACCAAGUGAGUAAACAUCCAGCACAGAUGACCUUCAGUAGCAGAUUUGUCCCAACAACUGAUUAUUUCCACUUAUUUGUCAGAUAUGAAGAUGAAAUCAACAAGCGUGCUGCUGUAGAGAAUGAGUUUGUGCUCCUCAAGAAGGUGAGAGCUGAAAAUUGUUGUUACUCUUCUGAAGAAAUUGUUUCUUUCUUUUCCAAUAUAAUCUAACAGCCAACUUUUCCUUUUCUGUUGUUGACAGGAUGUUGAUGCAGCUUACAUGGCUAAGGUUGAGCUGGAAGCCAGGGUUGACGCACUUCAAGAUGAAAUCAACUUCCUCAGAGCUGUCUUUGAGGCGGUAAGAAUGCUUUUUCUUCACUUUUAUGUUAAGGCAAACACUUGUUUCACAGGAAAAAGAGAUAUAGUGCUUUUUAAUUUCAUUUCUAAACAUGACAUGACUCUUCUGCAGGAACUGCGUGAACUCCAGGGACAGAUCAAAGACACUUCAGUGAUUGUUGAAAUGGACAACAGCCGCAACCUGGACAUGGACGCCAUUGUUGCUGACGUCAAGGCUCAGUAUGAGGAAGUUGCAGCCCGCAGCCGUGCUGAAGCUGAGUGUUGGUACCAGCAGAAGGUAGGUAGAGAUCAACACCUCAGAUGUGAAAUAAUAAAACAUAUCCUGAAUUAUUUAAAAGAAAUGGGAUAUGUAAUGACAGUCAUUUUUAGUUCCAGGAGAUUCAGGCUACUGCAGGUUCAGCCGGGGAUGACCUUCGCAACACAAAGAGUGAGAUUGCUGAGCUCAACCGCAUGAUUAGCCGUCUCCAGAAUGAGAUUGAGUCAGUGAAGACACAGGUAUGUUCACAGUCUAAGCAGCAUGAUCUUAACUUCUUUUUAACUAUAGACCUUUAAGUCAUACACACACACACACACACACACACACACACACACACACACACACACACACACACACAAAAGGUAAAAAAGUAAACAAACAGUAGCAGACUUAAGUUAUAAAAGAUCCCUUUACAUACUAUAUCUGACCCUGUCUGCCUAGCGUGGCAACCUGGAGGCCCAGAUCGCUGAGGCUGAGGAGCGUGGGGAGCUGGCUGUCAAGGACGCCAAGGCCCGCAUCAAGGACCUGGAGGAGGCCCUGCAGAGAGCCAAACAGGACAUGGCCCGCCAGGUGCGUGAGUACCAGGAGCUCAUGAACGUCAAGCUUGCCCUGGACAUUGAGAUCGCCACCUACAGGAAGCUUCUGGAGGGAGAGGAGAUCAGGUAUUGAAAAGCAGAAGUUACUCUGACAUUGGUUUACAUUGUGCAGGGCCUCAGAUAAGAAUUGUUAUACUUGUUUGCAGACUUGCCGCUGGGGGUGUACAAGCAACCGUUCACGUACAGCAAUCAGCCUCAAGCUUCGGUACGUAUAAAAAAGUCAUCAAAUGUUUGCUUGAUACCCAAAAACCUAAGAUUUGAAAGAUUCAUGAGAUUUUCAUUUUAUCCAAAACCACAGGUGGUGGCGGUGGAGGUGGCGGCGGAUACGGCGGCGGAUACGGCGGCGGAUACGGUGCUGGCGGUGGCGGUGGCGGCGGCGGCGGAUACGGUGCUGGCGGCGGCAGCGGAUACGGUGGUGGCAGCAUGAUGAUGAGUGGUGGUGGCGGAUACGGUGGCGGCGGCGGCGGCGGUGUGAUCGCAAUAUCACGGUCAAGCUCGACAUCCACCCGGCGUUUUUAAAGUCAGCAGCUGUCCUCUCCUCCUCUUUUUUCUCCCUCCACCUCCUUUUUCUCCACCUCUUUUACCUUAUGCUACUCAUAAAAGCCUUCACCACCUCUGAACAUAAACCAGACCCUGGAAAAUUUCUGUUCCACCUUGAACAAAUGGCAGAUUGAUGUAAUGGCACAGUCUCUUUUGGUGCUUAGACCCUGUGUUGCUCCUCCCUCUUUGACACCACGGGGUGAGAGAUAACAUCAGAAACACACGUAGAGGCAGAGCGUUUUUUAAACCCAAAAAGAGCAGCAGAGUUGUGAGUCGUCCUCUCUUUUUUAAUAACAGUCAGCCUGGCUGUCUUUUGCUUGAUCGAUGUGCUGUCAUACAGACAAGAAGAUACUUGUAGUGUCAUGUCAGGAAAUCUUUACAAAGCCACAAGCAAUGUACACAAAAUGACAACAGUGGAUGUAAGGUUUUAGCAGGAGGGUAGGACUUUAUAUCUGGCCUUGAAUAUAGAAAACGUACAUGACAUACACCUGUCACACCUAUAACACCUCUUCCCUGCAAAGUCUCCUCUGUUGCCUCACACCUGUCAUCCUGUGGUGCAUUUUAACGUCACAAAGCAAAAGCAGCCCCACUUCACACUCUCAAAUAUCAGUUUUGGGGUCCUCUUUUUCUUCUCCUGUUCUGAGAGAAAAUUAGCUCUCCACUACAGCAAACCAGAGGGUUUCGGAUUCUGCUUCACUUCCAUUUCCACUCUCAACAAAAAAAGCAACAUGGAUAAGGCUGACUGGGAAAGCAGAUUUAUCAUGAAUUUGUACCAUCAAAUACCUUGAAUAAAUCUGAUUUCAUUUUCACUUUGGCAGUUUGGGGUCUUUUUUACACUUUGUUGUACAUCGACUUGAGAACUAUACAAAUAAAUUACAGCAUGUCCUAGAGUUCAUAAAGAAAAGGGGGACCAAUAAAAGACUAUCUUUGAGGUUCACAAGUUUUUGAGAGGAUGUUUUACUUUUUAGUUAACAGAAAACAAUCUGAAGCAAUUAUUCAACUGUUGACUAAAAUGAGAGCUGUUGCUAGCAUUAGCUACUGGUUAAAAACACCUCCUGGACAUUUACUGAUAGGACCUGACUUAUUUUAAAACUGCACCCUUCUAAAGGGGUCUGAAAUGUGCCUUUGAUUGCAAAGUACUCUACCAUCCUUAAAAAUAUAUAUUUUAUUCCAAUAUGUAAGAAUAUUCAAAAACUACAAGCUACUUACAUGUUUACACAGGUGGUUGUAUACAUUGGAGAUGUGUUAACAAAUGAUUUAUGAACAGAAGACAUUUUCUGAAGUGAUGGCUCAACAUACAUCUUGACAGAUAUAUUAUACAGAAACCCUGUUUACAAAAGAGGCCUUAUACACCGGCAAAAACAGGGCCACUUACAUCCCCCAUCCCUGAACUCAAUAUACAAGAUAUAUUUCAGUUGAAAAUCUUUAUUGAUUACAUUUCCUUUUUUAAGAAAAUUUAAGAAAAGAAAAUCAGAAUGAUCAGUGGAAACCUAAAUCAUUAACCCACAGUUGACUGGAUUCAGAAUCAUCCUCAAAAUUACAAUGAAAAAUGAGAUUAUAGCCUGUUCCAACUUCAGUGAACUUUCUCCAGACAUUUUACAAUGUGACUCAGGUGUGUGUAAGGCCUCUAUGUGCUUGAAUGCACUCCCCACAACAUCCGAGCUCCUGAUGAAGACAACCGAUGGUCUCCUCGAGGACCUCCUCUUAGAUCUGGAUCAGGGCAUCAGUUAGCUCCUGGACAGUCUGAAGUGUGAUGUGGCAGUGUGGAGGAUGUGAAUGGAUGUGCCAUCCUUGAGAAGCUGCACUCAGGAACUCCUGUGGGCUGCAGAUACUACCUCAUGGUACCAGUAGUUGAAAAGGCUCGGGACCUGCCACCACCUGUAAACCACUGCUUGAUAGGGGAUGUCUCAUGAAUUCCCUUACCUAUCCAUCUGUUAUCCCACCCAUCUGUUAUAUAUAUUUACUCUGAGUUACACAAAAAAUGUGUUCCCUGUAUUUUUUUAGCAUUGAAUCUGUGUGUUAGGUCAAAAGCAACAACUGUGAUAGCUACCUAAAUUAUUCAAUGGCAGAAGAUUGUCAGGAAGCUGGGUACACUAUUCUCCAGCAGGAGGCAGUAAUAUAAAGGUCCCAUAACGAUGUGUUUUUUGUGUUGAAGAUAUAAGCCAAACUUACCUGGAUUGUCAAAAAUCAACUACCUGUGCCUCCUCAGUCAGUGACUGAACACCCUGGACAUCAGACUGUUCAUUUCUGAUUAAAAAAAAAAAAAAAAGACAAACAGAAUAUUUACAUCUCACUAAAAAAAUCAAAAGUAUUGACCUGAAAAGGUAGCAUUCUUCAAAUUAGACAUACUCAUCGUGACACCAAAAGACUUUGGACUGACAGAGGUUGGGGUUGUUUCUGUCACUGCAACUUUUUCCAUGCAACCAAAUUUGCACAAGCACUCCUGAAAAAAGAAAAGAUUACACCCUGAACCACUACAAAUAAGUAAGCAUAAACAGAAAACUUAUCAGGAUGCAGUACCCUUAUGACAUUAAAGGUUUACUGGUUUAAUCUUUGUCAAAACUACACUAACCCACAAACCAACCAACCAACCAAUCUAUCUAUCUAUCUAUCUAUCUAUCUAUCUAUCUAUCUAUCUAUCUAUCUAUCUAUCUAUCUAUCUAUCUAUCUAUCUAUCUAUCUAUCUAUCUAUCUAUCUAUCUAUCUAUCUAUCUAUCUAUCUAUCAUAAAGUUGUGAAUUACUUAAUAAAAACCAAUCCAACAACACAGCUGCACACAGCUUCAAACAACCAUCUCACUCACCGAUCCAAUAUCAACACAGCCAGCUCUACAUCAGACUUGCAGAAAACUGUUUCCCAAAGCUCUUGCCUUCAGAUAAGAGCCUGUCUGAAAUGUACUUUCAUGUUUGGCUUCUUGCUCUUGCUCUGUCUCUGUCUCUCCUUCUUCUCUCCUUCUUAACUCCUUCUUCCCGCCCUCGGACGCUCAGCGUCCGAGGGCGGGACAAAGCCCAGCAUUUAUCCAAUGAGCGUCUUGUUUUGCUGCUGGAACAACCCACUUUGAGCUUCCACAUUGAAGUCAGCCGGACGCUCAGCGCUGUGAUGAUGACUGAGAACGAAGUUGUGCCGGUUACCUGUGAUCAUCAGCUUCUGAACAAAAGAUGAAGGCUUUCUAGCGCGUAUUUAGUUAAUGAAAUGUACACAGUCUUAGAGCAAUCGCCGCUGCUUUAAAUCCUAGCCAGUACAGAAACACAGCUAUAACUCUGAGGUCAUUCAACCCAUGUUUUCAAUGUCCAUAAUCAGUUAACCAUGAAUAUUUUUCACAUAACUGUAAACAUUUCAAUGACGUUAUUUAUUGAAUAACAUUUUUCUUAUGGUAUUUUUAAUUUAUUUUGAAUACCAAUAAUGUAUAGUUUUUGAAGAUUCAACUCACAAAUAAAGACUGUUUCUCAAAUGAAUCAGAAACAAUGGCUGGAAAUGGCAGAUGGUGUCACUAAUGACAUUAACUGAUAUCACCUGCCAUGCUUGCUCAACUUAGCUACACCCACCAAAACAGUGAAGAAAGCUCUGGACUUCUCUCAUGCAUAUCAUGCUGUGAUCUCUCUGUCUUCCCUACAUUUUCCUGUUGGUUAACUAGGCAAGUUUGCCAACAUAUUAACAAGUGACGGUUUGCUCCAACAAGUGCAGCACUGCUCAUUUACAUGGUUAGCAACUUCUGCCAUACUCUGGCCUCUCUUGGUAAGGAGUGGGACUUCCCCGUUCAUAGCCAAUAGAAACAGAUAUGGGGCGCUAAUUUAAGUGAAAGCUUGAUGGGCCAACAGGCAAUAACAAUAAAAACCAGAAAAUUCUGUCUGGGAAAUUUUGAUAGGGCCACCGGGGCUUCAGAGUUCAAAUAACUCAUAUUACUAGCAUUGUCAUAUACAACUUCAAUGCAAAUUUCUCCUGUUUUUCAAUAAUAUUAAUGGAGAAAAUUAAGAGCACACCGAUCCUGAUCAUACAGCACGUUUUGAUGUAUAAUUUGUCCUACAAAUCUUCAAGCUACGCACUACUGUAUAGGGGCCUGCACUAAAGUUAAUAGCAUCUCUAUUGUGUAAGUGCCGGUGCAUUUCUCUGUGGCCCUAAUGAGGACUUUGAUUGAGAGUUAAGGUUUCAUCAAACUGCUCUAAAAGUGAUUCAGUGAUACAGAGAUAGCAAAGCAGUCCCUAAUUAGUGAUUGUGAAUUGGUCUCAGCUAUGGGCCUGGCUGGAGGCUAACAGAUUGCCACGGCAACUUGAGCUGGUUGCCCAUAACAAUAGAAGCACUGCAGGCUGAUGCAGUCAAAACGAGAAAAAGAGCUUUGUUUUUUUGUUUGUUUGUUUUUUGUUUUUUGUUUUGUUUUUUUGCUUAGGUGCUGGUCUGACAUUUGGACUUUUUUUGACAAAUCAGUAGCUCUUAUGAGGGAAGAAAAAAAAAUACAGGUUAAAAGUUUGGAUACACUUGCGUGUUACUUGCAGCACAAAGGUUUUUGUAUUUCACAAGUGAAUUCAACACUUGUAUUUACCUGUAAGUAAAAAAAUAAAAAAACAAAUAAAUUACAACACUAAAAUGUUGUAGUGGCGGCCCACCAUGCCUCAUUUCCCACCAUGCAUUGAAUUAGACAAAGUUUGUGGUUGCAAAGCUUGAGAACAAAGUGGCAUUAAGUUUUUAAGAUGUGCUUAUAAGUGGUAUUGGCCAAAAGUAAGUUUUUGGGAUGCAAGCCAAUUUAGAACCGUUAUUAUAUAACACGUACAACAUAUGUAUUAUAUAAGCAUUGAAUGCCAUUCCUCUGCGAGCACUGGGUGUGUCAAGCCACGAUCAUUUCACAGGGGUAGCUAAUCCGCUCCUGGCCAAUCUAACUGCCUGUAAAUGCAUCUUCCAGGAUCCAGGUAAUAGAAGGCAGGUAAAGGAGGUACAGAGAAGGCGGAGUUCACUGGGACCUCCCACAGAGUACAAGGCAGAUAAAAGUCCAUCACCCAGAGAAAGAAGACACUUUGAGGGACUCGACUCUCCUCUUAGUGCACCUUGCCAAACCUCUCUCUGCUCUUCUUUUUUCUCCGUGAAUUUUUACCUGUCAUCGGACAAGAUGAGAUCAAGCAUGAAAAUGUCCUCGAGCAGCACCAGAACCAGCUUUGGUGGUGGUGGUGGUGGAGGAGGUUCAUUUAGCAGUAGUUUUGGCUCUGGUGGAGGUGGUGGAGGUGGCGGUGCACGAUUUACUGCAAGAUCUGCCAUUGUUAGCGGUAACAGGGCCAUGUCAAUGGCUUCAGGUGGCAUGAGAGUCAGCAGUGGUGGAUACGGUGGUGGUGGUGGUGGUGGUGGUGGUGGUGGAUACGGUGGUGGUUACGGUGGUGGUGGUGGUGGUGGUUUCACUGUAACCAGUAUGAGUGGUGGCGGAUUUGGCAUGGGAGGUGCUGGUGGCGGCGGCUUCGGUGCCGGCAUGGGCGGCAUGGGCGGCAUGGGAACAAUCUCAAAUGUCCAAGUCAACCAAAGCCUGCUUGCCCCUCUGAACCUUGAGAUCGACCCAAAUAUCCAGACAGUCCGAACCCAGGAGAAAGAGCAGAUCAAAAGCCUCAACAACCGCUUUGCCUCCUUCAUUGACAAGGUAAGAGAUUCAUUUUCAUCACAUGUUGGCACAGCUGUCAUGAAGUUUAUUUUCUAGACAUGAACUGGUUUAAAAUUAUUUCUCAUACGUCAUAGUCUAUUUACAUGUAGAAAAAUCCAGCAUGAUGACCCCAGUGUUCAUCAGGCAGAACAGCAGAUAACAUUAGGAAUCCAUGUCUAAUGGAUGUAAUGAUGAGCUAGAGUUAAAUGGUUUGUAGGAGCAUGAAUAACUGGUGCAAGAUGCUUCUAAGGGGACCUCUGGAUUCACUUAAUAUUGCACAACAAAUGAUCAGACUCCUCAAAAAUGCUGUAACUCCUAAAGUCAAAGCUGACAAGCACCAGAUUGUAGUGUGAUUAUGAUGUGGUGAGACCCUAAUAACUGCAGGGUUGUAAAGUUCUUUCAGCAAACUCUGCAUCAGCUAACACUUCUAAGACUUCAAGUGAAACCUGACCUGCCCCUUAAACUGGUCAAUAACUGAACCCUUGCCAGCUGUCUCUGCAUAGACUGAGAGGCAGGAAACACUGGAGUGGUUGGAACCAGUGAUGCUCAGAAUUAGGGAAGGGAUCAGGUUAUCGCACACAUCCAUGGCAGCAAGACCUCACAAUGUUUUAUGGUUGCUGCAGGAAAGGCCCUUAAACUUUUGUAUUGUACAAUUUGUUCAAAUUUCCACUCAUAAUUUGAACAUUUUACUGGGUGAUGAUUAUUUUUGUAAACAAAUCUGCACUUUUUCAUGUUUGACUGAGUAAUUUGUAAAGAUAAAAAAAUGCAAGGGAGGUUCACAAUCACCCCCUUUGAGAAAAAAAAUGCUUAGUUAGCAAUUCCUUAGACAGUGCUCGUCUACAGACAGCCAUCUGCAUGCCUUUUCAAAUCCUUUAGGGAAGUUCUGUGGCAGUGAGAUGAUUCAAAAUCAUAAUUAUGAUUUGUUAUUUUAAAGCAAAGCAUGUUUUGAGCAUCAUCCGUCACUUUUACCUUCGAGUAUCAGCAUUCAACUGAUGCAUCAAUAAGUAGCUUACCGUUAAUUACUGAGGGCUGUGGCAUACAAGUUCACUAUGUGAAGUAUGCAUCUUGGAGGCAAGGGAGUGGUAAUGUCGGGGUUUGAGGGGAGGGGCAAGGCCAAGGUGUGGCAAACCUCACCUCGUCUCAAAAAAAAAAAAAAAUGUAAAGGGACAAAGUCACACCCCCAUAAGAAGAAGUUUGGCUCCGCCUGCUCUUGGGCUUUGAAGUUAGAUGCAGAUAUCUUUUCUCUGUCUCCCUUUAAAACAUGUUUGUCAGCAUGUAAGUUACUCUAAAAAAGGUUCUGACUGAGAUGGAAUUCUCUGUUGCAGUCAGCAUGCUGAAUUAAGGAUAAAAGAGGCAGUAAAUUAAGACCACAUUUCUUAAAAAGUUGUUUGGCCAGAUGGGAUCAAACAAGAGCAACUAAAACACUGCCGCCACUCCUGUUCAAAGAUAUGGAUUAUAAACAGUCUUUAUUCUGUCAAAAAAUCUAGUAAAUGUAGCAAAUACACCCCACGCCCAUUUGGGAACAUUGAGUUUGGUAAUUUAUCAGUUUCCAUUUUGUUUGUUAGCAAACAAAUAUGGGCUUCUUUCAAUGUCAGGGUAGAAAGGAGUCUAUCCUGGUCAAUGUCACAUGUUGACUUGUCAAUCAUUUAAAGCUCCACCAUGAAGUUUACUUAUUACUGCUUAAUUUAAACUAAAUGGGUUCAUAAUUUAGAAAUGAGCUUUCAGCUACAAGGAAAAAAUGUUCAAUGAUGUGAGAAAUCCAUUUUCAAUGCACUUCUGUGUUACAGAUUUCUUUGUGUUGUAUUUUGGGGCUUUUAUGCAUUUUUUAGAGGAGGUAGAUUAUGGAUACAACAAGAAAAUGGGGGAGACUGCACAGGAAAGAGGCCUAAGGUUGGAUGUGAAAAUAGGCCCCCUUACAUGACUGCGGAUGACAAAUUACUGCCCUGCAUUCUACUGAACGGAGACCAGGGAGUCCUGUCUACAAUCUGCUAUCCCUCAGUAACAGUGGACUCACACUGCACAUAUCUAUUCAUUUUUCAGGUGCGCUUCCUGGAGCAGCAGAACAAAAUGCUUGAAACCAAGUGGAGCCUGCUGCAAGAACAGACCACCACCCGCUCCAACAUUGAUGCCAUGUUUGAGGCUUACAUCGCCAACCUCCGCAGACAGCUUGAUGGGCUCGGCAAUGAGAAGGUCAAGCUGGAGGGAGAGCUGAGGAACAUGCAGGGAUUGGUGGAGGACUUUAAGACCAAGUGAGUAAACAUCCAGCACAGAUGACCUUCAGUAGCAGAUUUGUCCCAACAACUGAUUAUUUCCACUUAUUUGUCAGAUAUGAAGAUGAAAUCAACAAGCGUGCUGCUGUAGAGAAUGAGUUUGUGCUCCUCAAGAAGGUGAGAGCUGAAAAUUGUUGUUACUCUUCUGAAGAAAUUGUUUCUUUCUUUUCCAAUAUAAUCUAACAGCCAACUUUUCCUUUUCUGUUGUUGACAGGAUGUUGAUGCAGCUUACAUGACUAAGGUUGAGCUAGAAGCCAGGGUUGACGCACUUCAAGAUGAAAUCAACUUCCUCAGAGCUGUCUUUGCAGCGGUAAGAAUGCUUUUUCUUCACUUUUAUGUUAAGGCAAACACUUGUUUCACAGGCAAAAGAGAUAUAGUACUUUUUAAUUUCAUUUCUAAACACGACAUGACUCUUCUGCAGGAACUGGCUGAACUCCAGGGACAGAUCAAAGACACUUCAGUGAUUGUUGAAAUGGACAACAGCCGCAACCUGGACAUGGAUGCCAUUGUUGCUGACGUCAAGGCUCAGUAUGAGGAAGUUGCAGCCCGCAGCCGUGCUGAAGCUGAGAGUUGGUACCAGCAGAAGGUAGGUACAGAUCAACACCUCAGAUGUGAAAUAAUAAAACAUAUCCUGAAUUAUUAAAAAAAAUGGGAUAUGUAAUGACAGUCAUUUUUAGUUCCAGGAGAUUCAGGCUACUGCAGGUUCAGCCGGGGAUGACCUUCGCAACACAAAGAGUGAGAUUGCUGAGCUCAACCGCAUGAUUAGCCGUCUCCAGAAUGAGAUUGAGUCAGUGAAGGCACAGGUAUGUUCACAGUCUAAGCAGCAUGAUCUUAACUUCUUUUUAACUAUAGACCUUUAAGUCAUAUACACACACACACACACACACACACACACACACAAAAGGUAAAAAAGUAAACAAACGGUAGCAGACUUAAGUUAUAAAAGAUCCCUUUACAUACUAUAUCUGACCCUGUCUGCCUAGCGUGGCAACCUGGAGGCCCAGAUCGCUGAGGCUGAGGAGCGUGGGGAGCUGGCUGUCAAGGACGCCAAGGCCCGCAUCAAGGACCUGGAGGAGGCCCUGCAGAGAGCCAAACAGGACAUGGCCCGCCAGGUGCGUGAGUACCAGGAGCUCAUGAACGUCAAGCUUGCCCUGGACAUUGAGAUCGCCACCUACAGGAAGCUUCUGGAGGGAGAGGAGAUCAGGUAUUGAAAAGCAGAAGUUACUCUGACAUUGGUUUACAUUGUGCAGGGCCUCAGAUAAGAAUUGUUAUACUUGUUUGCAGACUUGCCGCUGGGGGUGUACAAGCAACCGUUCACGUACAGCAAUCAGCCUCAAGCUUCGGUACGUAUAAAAAAGUCAUCAAAUGUUUGCUUGAUACCCAAAAACCUAAGAUUUGAAAGAUUCAUGAGAUUUUCAUUUUAUCCAAAACCACAGGUGGUGGCGGUGGAGGUGGCGGCGGAUACGGCGGCGGAUACGGCGGCGGAUACGGUGCUGGCGGUGGCGGUGGCGGAUACGGUGCUGGCGGCGGCGGCGGCGGCGGAUAUGGUGGUGGCAGCAUGAUGAUGAGUGGUGGUGGCGGAUACGGUGGCAGCAGCUUCAGCAGCGGCGGCGGUGGGAUCGCAGUAUCACGGUCCAGCAUGACAUCCACCCGGCGUUUUUAAAGUCAGCAGCUGUCCUCUCCUCCUCUUUUUUCUCCCUCCACCUCCUUUUUCUCCACCUCUUUUACCUUAUGCUACUCAUAAAAGCCUUCACCACCUCUGAACAUAAACCAGACCCUGGAAAAUUUCUGUUCCACCUUGAACAAAUGGCAGAUUGAUGUAAUGGCACAGUCUCUUUUGGUGCUUAGUCCCUGUGUUGCUCCUCCCUCUUUGACACCACGGGGUGAGAGAUAACAUCAAAAACACACGUAGAGGCAGAGUGUUUUUUAAACCCAAAAAGAGCAGCAGAGUUGUGAGUCGUCCUCUCUUUUUUAAUAACAGUCAGCCUGGCUGUCCUUUGCUUGAUCGAUGUGCUGUCAUACAGACAAGAAGAUACUUGUAGUGUCAUGUCAGAAAAUCUUUACAAAGCCACAAGCAAUGUACACAAAAUGACAACAGUGGAUGUAAGAUUUUAG